UGCAAGUGUCCGCAGCUUGUCCAUGCUCAGACCUCUCCCCUUCCUGCUGGCCUGGUUCAUGUGUGCUGAGGACCAGGUAAGCGUCUUUGCUCUGCGUAUCAGGUGCUGGCGGAGGAGCCAAGUCUGGUGCUGGAGGCCCAGAAGCGACUUGGUGAUGGUGAUGCCCAGUCGCCAGUUCUUCAGGAGAAGGCUCUGCAGGCCUCCUGGGUUCCAGCCACUCCUAGGGAUGAGGACCUGGAGGAGGAGGAAGAGGAGGAGGAGGAUGAGGAUGAUUUCCUGGCAGCUGGGUCUCAGGGACUGGUCACCUUUGAAGAUGUAGCUGUGUACUUCUCCCUGGAGGAGUGGGAAAGACUGGACGCAGACCAGCGGGGCCUCUACCAGGAAGUCAUGCAGGAGAACUAUGGCAUUCUGGUGUCUUUGGGAUACCCAAUCCCCAAGCCCGAUCUGAUCUUCCGACUGGAACAAGGAGAAGAACCUUGGGUCCCAGACAGCCCCCGUCCUGAGGAAGGAGACAUCGUCACUGGUGUCUACACAGGAGCCUGGUUCUGGACGGACGACAUAGAGGACCACGAGGAGGAAGACGAUGAGGACUUCCUGGCGGAGGUGGCCGAGGAGGAGAAUGAGCCCCCGGGACUGUGGUCGGCGGCCUACGGCGUGGGGGACGUGCCGGGAACGUGGGGUCCCGACGACUCGGAUUCGGCGCAGACUCCGGAGGGCUGGGGGCCCGACCCGGGCGGCCUCGGGGUUCUCGCCGAGGGCUCCGAG